AUGAUCUCCCGCUUCAGAGUGGGAACGGACGGGCGAACGCCAUAUGAGCGUUCUCGCGGCAGACGGUGGAAACGACCAUCCGUCACUUUUGGUGAAAGAGUGUGGUUCAAGCCUCUGAAGAGCUAUCUGGAAGGGCCCUAUGACACGAUGCGGGAAGGCAUGUUCAUGGGGGCCCAUGGUCGCAAUGGCGACGCGCUGGUCAUGACCAAGGAUGGUGUGAUCAAGGGUGGCAGCGUGAAACGGAUGCCGGAGGAGAAAUGCUGGUCGACGGAAGAUUUCGAUCAGAUGUGCGGCACUCCGUGGAAAAUGAGGCCACAGAAGCCAGAAGACUUGGACGCACCAAUAGCGAUUGCAAUGCCUGCAGUUGAGCCUGGUGCACGACUGAUGCCAGUCCCAGCGGAUCGAGAUUCGCUGCCAAGGAACCUCUAUGUCAAGAAAGCCGACGUGGAGGGAAACUACACAGCUGGAUGCGAAGGUUGCAAUGCGAUUCAAGUUGGAUUGCCAGCAAGAGCUCACAGUAGCGAGUGCCGAACCCUGGUGCAACAGAGACUUCUUCGGACUGAGGAAGGACGGGCUCGAGUCUUGAAAAGGAAAGGCGAGGCGUCAGCGGACGCGGAUGAGCCGAAUGAGCUGGUCCUGCGGGAUGGCCCAGAUGAUGCUGUCGAGAUGGCGGCAGACGCAGCCAUUGGACAACCCGAGGGUCGAGUCGGACCUUUGGUCCGACCGGACCCAGUGAGACGUCCUUUGGAGGAGGAAGGGUCUUCCCCAGGAGGGGCAGCCAAGAGGCAGAAGUCUCCAGAGAAGAGGGGACAAAAGAGAGAAGGUGAAGAGAGCCAUCGAGAAGCUCAGGUGGCUGAAAGAGAAGAAGCCCGUGGAUCUAACGAUCCAGCACCUCCAGCUCAAGGAAGUGAGGCACCGGCAGCUCAGAGUCAAGGAUCUGGGCAAUCGGACAUGGUUUCCGUUUUGGAAGCCAACAUGUUUCAUAAACUGGAGUCCAAGAAAGAGAUCUACGAGAUCAGCCAACUACUGUGCUCCAUGGGAAUCAGCAAAAGCGACGUGGCCGAGAUCUACAAUCCCGAGCGUUUCACUUCGAAGGCUAACCUUUUCGGUCUUCGACCUGGAUUUGCAGUUGAUUUGAUGGUUUCCAAGAACUCGAAAGGAGACCAUUGGGAUCUGUCAAAGGACACAGAUCAGCGAGAGUUGAGGAGGCUCCUGAAGAAGGAGAAACCGCUAUUCCUUGUCGGAUCACCUCCGUGUGGGCCAUUCAGUCCACUUCAGAAUCUCAGCAAGUACAAAAGAACGGACGAAGAGAAUCAGCAGAUCUUAGAAGAAGGCGAACUCAGUACCUUGGCAGAGCUCACAUCGGGUCCCUCACCCGAUGAUACCUCAAAUGACCAAACCGAAAGCUUCGUGGACGAGACUGUCAGCGACUAUGUGGACUCAGUGACAGGCAUGCCACUGGAUCCAGUGAAAGUUUUGGAAGCCAGAAAGGAAGAGAUGAAGUGGGUGGAGAAACAGCAGCUAUGGGAUGUUGUUCCCACCACUAUUGUGCUGGGAG